UCCGAAACCGCACAGUUCCGCACGCACGCACGCACGCACGCAGGCCGUUUGUGAAGUGUGUACCCGGGGUGUGUAUGUGUGUGUGCGCCGGUUGCGUCCGUGUGCUGUUGGCCCACAGCGAAUGCCCUUUCUUUGUCGUUCUGCGCGAUUAAGCCGCGUGCGCUGUCGGGCGCCCUGCUUGCCACUGUUUCAUCGCCGUAGCCGGAGUGUCCUUUCGUGCGCCGAGUGUGUAUGUGCCCCGGGGGUUCCCGCAGGAUCCGCUGUGUCACGCACGCUCUCACGCCACACACAUCUGCACACGAAGGAGCGAAGUGAAUGUGAAAGUGGAUUUUGUGAAGAGUGAGCUUCUGGUGCAAGUGAGCCGCGCGAUAAGGUCGAGAGUGAGGAAAGGUUGGUGAAAGAAAUAGGUGGAAGAAAUUGAGCAGCUCAGGAGCUCGGCGCAUGACGACAUCCGGAAUUGAAAGCCGAAAGUGAUCAAAGUUUGUUGCUACUGUCCCAAAGGCCGAGAAAACACGAUCAUAGAAAGCAAACCUGGUGACCGGUGUUGGGCGUGUGAGGCGUCGCGAAUCGAUUGGCGUGGCGAGCGAACGAAAUCCGAAACUCCGACCAUCUUCUGGGACGAUCAGCGCUGCUUGGACGGUGCAGCGAGCGAUCGAUCAAUUUAGAAGCGAGACUCGCUCAGGGGCGAAUUAGUGGGUCCCUUUUCCAACCGCAACACUCUACAGUUUGGGUUCUCUGGAGGCCACACUGCCGCGGGAAAUGGUGUCACGGCGCAAAAUACUGUCCCGCUCGCGGGACGACCUCAAUCUGGAUCAAUCGUACAUCACACAGGAGGAGGAGGAGGACGUCUGGUACCAGAAGGAGAAGCUCUACAAGGAACACAUUCAAGAAGUGCUGGACAAAUGGACACAGAUCGACGACGAAAUCUGGGCCAAAGUGAUCGUCUUCGAACGGAACCGCCGGGUGGCGAAAGCGUACGCCCGCGCACCAGUCCUCACGAUCAACGGGUCCGACGAUGGGUUCGACGGCAUGAGAAUUGGCCUUUGCGGGUUCGACAAUCCGAUGCGCGAUCACAAAACGGAUGAGGUUAAGCGACACGUUGGACAGGGCGUUAAGAUCAAGAUGGACGACGCUGGCAACAUUCUCAUCAGACGCUACUCGAAGAGCAACGUGUACGUCAAAAGCACCGCCAGCCAGCCGAACGAGGAGACGGCGAUCGGUGCGGACAUCCUGAAGCUGCCCUCGCAGGCGAUAGAGAGUGAAAAGAUUGUCAAGCUGUUCGACAUGAAGAAGUUCCAGUCGAACGUGAACCGCGAGCUGCGCCGUGCCUACCCGGACCGCCGGCGCCUCGAGACCCAGUGUCUGUCAGCGAUCGCGUUCGUCAAGUCGGAGAACGACAUCCUGGACUGCCCGAUGUGGGUGCUGAUCAUCAACGUGGUUGCGAUGGACAUGCUGAAGAGUAAACUACCUCCCGCCUUCUUCCUUCCCCCGGCCCGACUGCCCGUUUCGCCGACCUACCUUCCAGUGCAACGCCCGGUGGACAUCAAGAACCGCCCGCGGAUCCCGAUCCCGGACGAGGACCCGUACAGUGUGGCCGGCAACGGCGGUGGCAGCUCCGGCAGCUCCGGGUUCGGGGCCAGCGGAUCCGGCAUGGUGGCGGCCAGCCGCGAACACCUGAUGCAGCAGCAGCAACCGAUGGUCGUCGGGAACGGCGGUGUCGUCGGCGGUGGCCAGCGGCGCAGCGAGAAACCGCCCAAACUACCUCCACGGGACAAUCUGUACGCCACGCACGAGAUCGGCAAGCCGGAUUACGACGAUAUCGAGGACGAGAACCGUGUCAAGCUACAGCGUGGCAAAUCGGACAAGGGUAAAGAUAACAAGAAAUACGAUGAUCCGUACUACUGUGGACUGCGAGCCCGUGUGCCAAACUUCGGCAAGGCGUCCAAGUCGUCGAAGGAGAACAACAACAACGGGCCGGGCGCGACGGCCAACGGUGGCGUCGUCGUCGGUGGCAGCAAGGAAACGGUGGCCGCGAAGCGCCUCUCGAUCGCUCACCUGCAGCACCCGGCCUCGCUGCAGUCACUGCACCAGCUGCACCAGAUGCACCCGCAUCACAACCUGAUGGCCGCCCACCAGCACCACCAGCAGCUGAUGUGGCACGCCCGCAGCUACGAGAGUGGUAUAGAUACGGACGUGGUCGAGUCACCCUAUAGUCACAUGUACGGCCGCGUCCCACUCCCGACCCGGGGCUACAUACCCGCUCCGAGGGCCAUGUACAUCGGCGAAUGGGACUAGAGACGGGGCAAAGGAGGUCGAAUGGCGCCUCCCGCUCCCGGGCACCCCGAGAACGGCAGAGCAGAGAAAAGAAAACAUAUUAAACUCUACGCACUUUAUAACAUUAGGCACCUCGCCGGCCGCAGCAUCGGCGGCAGCAUCGGCCGCAGCAGCGGCACUAGUGGCGGCAGCAAAGUCAAUGAAGAGAAAAUCGAAAAGAUGAAGCACAGGCGCCCCCCUCGGAGGAGGCCACCGAGAACGGCGGACCACAACGCACCACCCUGCCACCACCAUCACAGUGCGCCCGGUUCCAAUUCGCGCUUCAUUCGCGCGCCCCAUUUUAUGAUUAUGAUCCCGCGAACGAAGCAGACCGCCACCGCUCGUGGAUCGUCGGUACCGCCGUGUGCUGGGCUGCUGUUGGUUUUACUUCUUUUAACUAAUAUUAUUAUUAAUAUUAUUAAUAUUAGGGCGAACGACCGUAGCGCGGGCUCCACGUGGUUGGCCCACGCCAAGUCUCGAACCCGGAUAGGAUUAGGAAAUUUGUAAAUAUAAUCGCAAUAUCGCUCCGUCACACCGGACUGCCCGAUUCGGUGCGGAAAUUAUUGAAAUACUGUACCACGCACACACACACACGUAUCGCGAAAGAGACAAGAAUUCACCUGUUUUUUGCUGACUGCAAUCUGUGAACGCAGCUAAUCUAUCUUCGACUGAACCCCUGCCAGAGCGCAUAGAGAACCUGUGCUUCCUGUGCUACUCCGAAAUACUGCCAUCGAAGACUUACCGAUCGCCCCCACUGCCUACAGCAACUCCACUUCGCAUUACAGCUAGGAGUUGCGGAGUCGGCUCGAGUUCUCGUUGUAAAUAGUUCUCACACUUUGAGGCCACCCACAAAUCGCGUGUGUGGCCUUUUUAUUUGGGUUUCCUGUGCUUUUCUGUUUUUGCUAGAAGUUGGUAGACUCGCCGGGUUUUUGCCGUUGCCCUUCCGUAACUCGUAGUCGGUACUCCAUUCGGUAUGAUUAAGUUUUAAAGCUCACGCAACUCCGCUGCUCCUCUCUCUCGGGAGAUCCUUUGUCUUUGGCGACGGUUUGCGAUCUUCAACCUUACUAACGUGUGGCAGGUAACCAGGACUAGGGGGCCCAGGGCCCAGGAGUGCAGGAGACUAACCAUCAACGCACGCCAAUCAAUGAUGAUAUAAUACUCAAUCGGAAUACGCGCCCCGCCAGGAAGGGCCCCUCCCCAUUUUUCCGGUCCGUUCGGCUCCGGGAACCUGGGCUGCGGGCUCGCUGGGUGCUGUUCAGUUCUUUGUCUUUUUUUGUUGUACUGGUAUAAGCUACUAUUCGGCCACAGGAUUCGGAUCCCGUAAGAUCCCUUCACCAACGACAACCACUUUCGUUCCAGGACACAUUAAUUCCGACGUAGUGUACCUUUUACCUAGUGAGAGAACCCAUUGCACACGAGUGCGCGCGCGAGUAGCUUAGGUUAAGGGCCUUGAAACGACAAAUUUACUCCUUCCCUGGGCACACCUGUGUCGUAGAGUAGUUAAGGGCUAUCGUAUCGAGCUGCAAUUUUCAUCACCACCGAACCGGCGGAACAUAAAAAUCGACUGUCUUCUCUGUUCGUUCUAAUAGUAGUAAAUAAAGUAUCGAGUACCGCGACGUUCGGUUCACCGAUGGUAUUGUAAUCGGUUACUAAUCUAGUGAUAAGCUAUAAACAUUCCCACAGUUCGCAACGUUCGGACGCAAAGUGACGGUGGGCCUGAAAGGAAUGGGAAGUGAAACCACACCCGAAGCGACCCGUGCUUCAGCCGUGAACCGAUGAGGGACUUAGAGAAACUUUAAUCUUUCCUUUGUUAAGACGAUACACAUAUUAAGAAAAUGAAAUACACUGGUGAAUGGGCUUGUUAAGGAAAAGGAAAAGCAUCAACUUGCAAAGCGUGACAAAGUCCUCUCGGCUUGUUCGCGCCCGCGCCGUUGUGGGACAGAGACGAUACGUGGGGCGACAAUACGCCAUUAGUGUACGAAUGGCACAAACCCGAGACCUAGAUGUGCAGCAUAGUCAUACAGAAUUAUUGGCAAAGCAUACUGAGAGUGUCCCAUUUCGAACCGGAAUUCCAGCAAACGUUGUAUUUAGACCGUGGAGAAGAAAUAAGACUCCGCGCGAGGAGACGGUAUGCAAACCCACAUUAUAUUAUUUGCGGAGCCCGCCCUAGUACGUAACGAACGAACCGAUUCCGGCCCCUUACGACGCAAAUCGCAACUACUACUUUCUUUCCCUCUCGACACACACUGUCUGUCAGUCAAUGUUCUGAAUUUUUUUGAAAUAAAGUACUAUUCUUAUA